AUGGUCGGUUUCAUCAUUCCCAUCCCCGGCAAAGUUAUCGACGGCGUGUACGACAAGGGGUCGCAGUUCGUCAACUCGUACAAGAAGCAGCCAGUUGCGACGGACCUGAGUGCGCGGCAAGGAUCGAUGGACGAGAAGACACCCGUCCCCGCACCCCCGACAAGGAAGGGCAGCACCUCCCAGCCGCCGGCGUACACGCCCUCCUCGAGACAGCCAGCACAGCAACCGCGAGGCAGGUCAGAGGACUUCGGUCCUCAGCUGCUGGACCACGUUCUGAGCUCGCUCGCUCUGCUCCAGUCACUGGGCCAGAUUACGCCCGAAGCGGCAAAGAGAGCCGCCGCAGCCCUCGGGUCAGACUACGACCCACACUCCGUCACGCUGCGCGAGACCCCGCGCGCACCCGCCGCGAGUGCCGUCGCCCCGCCACCAGCUCGGAGACAGAACAGCGCCUCCGCAGAGAAGAGAGCGACCGCGCUCUGGGACUAUGGCCAGAACGGGGACGAGGACGACCUCGUGUUCUCGGCCGGCGAUACGAUCAUCAUCGACGAGGAGGAGAACGAGAACUGGUGCCGUGGGCGUACAAUCCCCAAGGGCCGCACCGUGCCGUUACCGAAGAAAGGGCUAUUCCCCGCAAACUACGUCCAGAGGCAUUAG